AAUUGAAAAGAAUGAGUGAAGUCAGAAAUCGCUUAAAGGAUAUGAGGACACUAACAGAGCUACUUUCUUAACAGCCCCUUUUCAAACACCUCUAGUUUCUGCUGUCUCCUUUUCCCUUCCUUCCAGCUCCCAAAUUUAAAUACUCUGACUUUUCUGGACCAUUCUGAAUGAUCAAAAUACAUGCUUUGGCUAUGUGAUGUUUGCCUUAAUAGCUACUUUAGGUUUUCUAAAAUACAAAGAAAGCCUAUAGCAUAGUUCCAUCUGGAGACUGCUGAACACUAAAUUGUGAAUAAAUUUUCUCCUCAGAUUUGCUCUUACCUAUGCAAUAGGCAAGACAGUUUUCUUGCUUACUGACUAGUUAGUUAUUCCCUCAAACUAAAGGAGUUCAUGAAAUUAGCAUCUGCAGUCAUGCAAAGAGUUUUUAAACAAAAAAAAAAAAAAAAUUGCCCUUUAAAAACAGCAGUCUCUCUGGAGCUUGUUUUGACUAUAUAAACCGCUCCCAGACCAAAAGAGGAACGUCUUUCCUCUCAUCUCCCAAAGAGCUGUUCUCGUCCUGAGAUCUGAACUGCUGACAAAACUUGUUCUCUGACAGGGCAGCCAAAUAACUCUGCCUUUGUGAAGUUAAACCUUAGCCAUGAUCUUCUUCUAAAUUAAAUUUGAAUAGGAACCUCUCUAGGCCCAGCAGACGCCUAACCUGAAACAGCUGGCUUCUGCCACGGGUCUGCGGAGAAGACGUGUUGUAGUAAUUCAGUUACACUGACGUCUGAAUUCUGUUCGUCUAAAGCAGGAUAAGAUCAUGCAGUUUAUAAGUGUUCUCUUUGGAUAAAAGUAAAGGUUAGUUUAGGUCCCAGAUUAGAUGCUCGGGUUAGAGGCAUAAUUCCGCUCAGUUAAGAUCGCAGGUAGUUGAUCAAGAAGUAGACAUGUCUUUUGAAGACAUGUUUUUGAUACCUAGGUAUUAAUCUCUUCCCCAUACCCUUCCUGUUAAUUCUCCAAUUAAUUCCACUGCUCUGAAUUUCAGAACAUUACUGAUGUUACUCCCGGGUAAUGGUUCAGUUCCCUUUUGGGACAGGACCUGAAGGCUGCUGAGCCAGACAUAGGUAGUAGCUGUAGACUUAUUACUCAUGGGCAAGCCUAACUUAAUAGGUUUUCCAAGAAGUUGGUCCAUUUCUACUAUAACUUCCAUUUUUAUUAGGAACCAUUUGAUAUACAUCUGUUGAAGAGCUGUUGUCUUAAUGCAGUUGCAUCUUGACGGCUAAAGAUUUGGCUUCUUGAGGGUUCCACCUUUCCAUUGUAAACUCUACAGCAACUAAUAAGAUGUUAACUGGUGAUUGAAAUUAGCAGAUUUUUAGUGUUUGGGAACUUUGGGCUGCAUUGUUUGCUUUUAUUUAAAAGGUGAUGGGUUUGAAUUGCAUCACAGAUGCUAAGCCAGUAUGGGAGGUUUAGCAAAAGGUCUGAUGCUGUAAUGAUUAUUUUUGAAAUACUAAUGUGAGUCAUAUGUCUUAUUUUAAUCUCCAUUAAUAGCCAUUUGUUCUGGGGCUUUUGUUAUAACUGUUUCAAGUAAUCCUGGAUAACAUAAUGAUCAAGUUGACUGACUAGGAAGCCGGCAAUACUUGUGCUAAACUUGAAAACAUUGAGCUAGGAAUCUUUUGAAAAGUACAUACGCCAUAGAUUUAAAAUUGCCUUAGGUAUGUUCAAAUCAGAAUAUUUAAUUGUAACGUACAAGAGGGAACAGAAAGGGACAUGACAGAUAUGUUGGAUGCUGUAAACUUCAAAUAUAUUUUCAUCUCUUGCUUCUCUCAUCUUACAAUGUAGGGUAUUAAAGCCCCCUGGAGGCGGUUCUAGUAAUCUCUUUGGGAACGCAGAAGAAGUUUCUUCUUCCAGCAGGCCACACCGGAUGGCAUCUAAUAUCUUUGGAGCAUCUGAAGAACCGCAGAACGUUCCAAAACGAACAAACCCUCCAGGGGGAAAGGAAAGUGGCAUUUUUGAGGAUCUUAGUUCGGCUCAGCCUCGUCCACGCUUAAAUCCACCUGGUGGGAAGACAAGCGAUAUCUUUGGGUCUCCAGUAUCUACCAGUGUUGUGCGAGCACAUCCAAACAAGCCUAAGGAUCAUAUUGUCUUGAAAGAAGAUGAAACGCCAAAGAAGCUAGAAGCUACAGAAGUCAACAAAUCACAACUGGAAGAUGGACGCGAGAAAAAAGAUGUGGGCAAAGAGGAGAGACUCAAGGAGCCAGAACCCAAGAUAGACAAUCAUGAGCCCAGAUUAGGGCCAAGGCCUCGCUCACACAACAAAGUUCUCAAUCCCCCUGGUGGAAAAUCCAGCAUUGCGUUCUAUUAGGGACAUCUGUUCACUUUCACUAACUGAGUCUGCACAGAAACUCUUCUCUGUGGUUGUGAGGUCAGUUUAUAGACUAUUGUUUGUGGACAGAUUCUUCUUAAGGCAGAUGUAUGAGGGUUAUGCCAAAGUGUGUAGAAAGGAUAACCUGAGAUUUCGGGGAGGGAGGGCUGGGGAGGGAAAGGGUGCCAUGUGGAAGACUCUUGACUAUCAGACUGCCUGGGUGGGUGGUAGAGAGGGACGUUAGUGUAAUGUUAUGGGGGAAAAAAUGCUGCUUUUGUCGUGAGUUCAUCAGACUUAGGUUCUUAGCUAGCUAGUGGCUCAGGACGCUCUUGUGGAGUCAGGCUUUUCCGUAAGUUCAAUGUGUAAAACAGUGUGAGUGGGUAGGGACCUGGAGGCCAGGUCUAGAAUAGUCUUAAGCACAGCAGUAGGCCAUGCUCUUUUCCAGGCAAUAUAAUACAGCUUCACGGUGUGAGUUGAUUUGCAGUCACUUUAAUGUACAUACGUUCUAUUGGGGCAAUUAGUGCUGUUGUAUUCUUGAACAUCUUUAGUCUCGGUUCUUUUUCUCCUUCCUUCCUCUUUCACAACACAUCAUUGCUGAUACAAGGACAAAACAUUCUGAAAUUUCAUUUUAUACUCUCAUAAGCCAUCAUGGGUUAAUAAACGUUUUGGUGUUCCCCUCCUCGGAGUAUUUGGGCCUUUCUGCUGCCUUCAGUAAUCUGCUGAUUGCUAGUAGCUCUUGACAAAUGGUAAGAUCAGCCUAACGUACCAUUUCAUAUAGGUGCUUCUAGAAGACUUUUAUUUGAAGUAUCCUGGUUGAGUGCUUGCAGAUUUUUUCUGGUAAGGAUUUGGGUACAAACAGUAGCUUUACGGUUGUCUUUGAAGAGAAGCAACUUUAAGUAUACAGUUACCAUAGAGAACAAACCGAGAUGCCUAGUUAGCUAGCUUUGACCCAACCUGAAUAGGAAUGCCUUAGCUUCUGCAGAGGUUUUUCCUUUGCCCUGCAGAAACCAGGAUUGUUCUACUGUCUUCACCACAGUGCAAUUUUUUUUGUUUGUUUGUCUGUGCUGACUCCGUUAGUGAAUUCUUGUGUCUUUAGUCAGCCUUACGUUUGCCUUUGACUGCCUCAGACUUUCGUUGGUAGGGGUGAGAGCAACUUGGGUUAUCCCCAAGCCACAGCUGAAGCUGUUUGGGGACACUCUGUAGACUAUCCUAACUGGACAAAGAAUUAGCAAUACAAACCUUCUGGGUGAGCUGGCUAUCUUAAAUCAUGUUUGGAAGAUGUGCAUAUAGUUUUUCACAAACUAUGUGUUGGGGAGGGUCGCUCCACCAUUCAUUCUCUGAAUGGACUUUCUGAUCAUAUUGAGAGCUUUGAUACUUGAAUGUUAACAUUAGCUGCUUAGACUGCUCAAUGUGUUUAACAGUGACUUUUUGAAUCUCACAUAUCAAAAUGGGAGUUGUUCAGGUACACCAAAGAACAAGUGGCCUUAUCUGCAUGUAUUCACUGCUGUUCUAGCCCAAGUUCCCUGAAACUACUAGUAUUUAGAGGGGACUGUCCCUGGGCCAGGUGCUGAUCACCCUCUGAUCGUAGGGCUUGUUAGACUGCUCUGUUCAGCUCACGUCAGAAGUGGUGGAUGACUGCUUAAAGACCUAGCUGCCUUUUCAAUUUGUUGAAGUGAAGUAUUUGGGGGCAGUGGUAAUGGUAGGAAUAACCCUGGAAAGUAGGAAUUUCAAUGCCUUUGUACCUUUCAGAUAGAUGUGGAGCUCCCUGUUAUGUGGCCCCCUGGGAGAACAUACAGUGAUCCUAAUUGCAACCCUAUACUGAAGUUAUGUUACUUCCUAACAUGUAUUUCCUACCAGCUAUUCUUGAGUCUCACACCUGGCUGAGUCUGGGAGGUUUCUGACUGUUUCAGCUCUGUUUCAGUACUGACAGGGUUUUAAGAGGUAACCAGAUAGACAAGUCGAGAGCAUGCUCAUUGAAGAGUCUGGCUGUAAUUGAUGCUGUCUGUAAUGCUCAGUUUAGACUUGGCAUCGUUUAGUACCUUAACAUUAGGUAGAAAUACUGAUGUGCAUUGGCUACAGUGCCUGUCUUUUAAACAGCAACUUCCAACUAGGCCUUAAAUUAGUUAAACUGUGUUCAUUUUCUUGUAUUUCCUUCUUUGCAAUCAAAAUCAUGUUUUCAGCUCAUGGAGCGAGUUUGAUAAGAACACUUCUUUUUUCCAAAACAGGGGCAGAAGGGGAUUGGAAAUCAGCUGAUAAAUCAUGAACUUGUCAAUAAACCUCUGUAUUUUGUUACUCCAUUG